AUGGCCGACGAGACUCUCACAAAGAAGCUUAAGACAUCAUCUCCCUUAAUCGGGACUCAUAACGGCCACUUCCACGCAGAUGAAGCCCUCGCUGUCUAUCUCCUCCGACAGCUCCCGACCUACUCCUCCUCUCCUCUGAUCCGUACCCGGGAUCCCGCUCAGCUAGCAACCUGUCAUACCGUCGUCGAUGUUGGUGGCGAAUAUGACCCCGCCAGUAACCGCUAUGACCAUCAUCAGCGUACUUUCUCGACAACCUUCCCUAACCAUAACACCAAGCUGUCUUCCGCAGGGUUAGUGUACAUGCACUUUGGUCGGGCCAUCAUUGCACAACACACCUCGCUGCCCCUGGAUCACGACGACGUCACUCUGCUGUAUGAGAAGCUCUACACGGAUUUCAUCGAAGCUGUUGACGCCAACGACAAUGGCGUCUCGGUGUACGAUCCUGCGGCCCUGGCCGCGUCCAACGUCGAGAAACGCUUCAGGGACGGUGGCAUUACGAUUGCCUCCGUGGUGGGCGACAUGAACAACCCUGACCCCACUUGUCCACCCGGGGAGCCCCAGGACGAGGAUAGUCUCUUUUCUCGAGCUAGCACCUUCAUUGGACAUGUCUUCACUCGCAAGUUGCACCACGCAACCUCUUCCUGGCUUCCUGCUCGGUCUGUCGUCGGUGCGGCUUACCAUUCCCGCCGUGAUGUUCACCCUUCCGGCCGUAUCAUCGUCCUGCCGCAGGGGGGCGUCCCUUGGAAGGAGCAUCUGUACAAUUUCGAGCGGGAAGCAUCGAGCUCCGGCGAGACGAACCCGGCCGAGCAGGUCUACUACGUUCUCUACCCGGAAAGUGCCAAUGAAGGUUCCAAAUGGCGUGUGCAAUGUGUUUCGGUGAAUGAGGGGAGCUUCCAAUCUCGCAAGCCGCUACCAGAGUCGUGGCGUGGAGUUCGCGAUGCCGACUUGGAUGGCGUCAUGGCUGCGGAAGCAGAGAAGUUGGGCAAGCCCAAGAUCCCCGACGGCGCCGUCUUUGUCCAUGCUAGCGGUUUCAUCGGUGGCCAUCAAACAAAAGAUGGUGCUCUCGCCAUGGCUGUUCGAGGAUUGGAUGAAUAA